UGGUCGUCGAAGGUGGCCCCGCGCCGGUCGGUCUGUGCCUCUGUCGGUCCUGCCAGUGCGAGAGAGAUAGAGAGAAAGAGAGGAGGUUCUGCAAUUGUUGGCGCCGCGCGAUAUCAGCUGCAGUGCUGUGCGCAGCCGCGGCCGGCAUGUGACUCCCAGUGUGUGCGCGUGUGUGUGUGUGAGCCAGUGAGAAAGAGUGUUUCGUGCAUAUGACACUCGAGCAGUGACGUGACGUCGCUGGCCCUCCGUAGGCCCAGGAUGGCGGCGACAUGGAUGCCGUCCAGAGUGCUGGUGCUCCUGGCGGUGUCGGCGCUGCUGGCCUCGGCGUCGGCGAGACACGGGCGGGACGACAGGCGGCGCCGCGCGGUGCCGCGCCCUCGCAUCGACCCCGAGCUGGAUGAGUACGUCCUGGACAGCGGCGACAACCUCAAGCUGCGCUGCCAGAGCGCCUUCCCGGUGCGGUGGGAGAUACCUGCGGAAGCUGAGAAUGAUGUCGUCAAGAAAGUUCUAUUUGAACCAAUGGAAGAUGUGCAGCCUUAUAUCAUUCACUUAGAACUUGCAAACACAAAUUACAUGCAAACUGGGUACUACAGAUGCGUAGAUAAUCAAACCUUGGACUUGGAGGAUGGUCAGAGAGUAACUUCUAUUUACGUAUAUGUGAGAGAUGAAACAGAACUUCUUGCCCUUGAUCCAAAUCCGCCACCUCUGACGGUCAACUCUGGUGGCAAACUAGUCAUCCCAUGUCGCCCUACAGCUCCAAAUGUAUCUGUCACUUUGACUAAAGAUGCUCAAGAGAUCCCUUACAACAAUGAGAUGCUUUAUGAUGGUUCUUUGGUGUUCUUCGAUCCCCAUGAAGGCUUUGUAAUACAGAACUGUAAAGCAGCUCACGCUGGUCUGUACACCUGUUCGUCGGAAAGUUCCCUCUCCAAUGUCUACGUUCAUGUGAUGUCUGUGUCUGACGAUGUUGCUACUCCAUCAAUCCAUGCGCCAAACCAUGCUAUCAUUGGGACUUCUUUGGUGUUGAAUUGUUCUGUUCCGUAUGAGAAUGGAAUCUCAAUGGCAUUAGAAUGGGCUGUCCCUGACCAAUCAGGAAAAGACUCUGGCCGUAUUGUUGUUGGAAAAUUAAGGGAGGUGAAAGAGCCAUUAAAUGGGGAACAAUCAUUAGCAGUACGCACUGUAGAGAUCAAGCAGGUGAAGAAAAGUGAUGAAGGCUUUUACAGCUGCACUGUAAAAGACAAUGCAAACAACCAAAAAGUCGAAAAGAGAUACAUUCCUGUCUUGGAACAAGGAUCUUCAUACAUCAACCUAACUGUUCAGGGUGACAAAACUAAUAUCACUGCCAAUGCAGGGAGUGAUGCAUCUGUGCAAUGGGUUGUGUAUCACUCAGCUCACCCAGAGCCACAACUAGAAUGGUAUGACCCUGAAGACAAAGAAAUAACAUCAUCGUCAUCAUAUGGCAAAUUUGAAGUUUACCGUGAUUCAUCCACCACUCGAUUAGUAGUAAAGAAACCAAGUAUUCAGGAUACCGGGGUGUACAAGUUAAAUGCUGUAAACCAGGGCACUAGAAAAACUAUAGAACUCUUUUUGAAUGUCUUGGGUGGUCCUUAUCUGAAUGUUUCAAUUGAACCAUUUUAUAUGGUCAACACCGAGGCUAAAAUAACUUGUACAGUGCUGGGAAAUCCUCUGCCCAUUAUUCAAUGGGCUUUUAGACCAUGCACUUUCCAACCCCUGGAAGAUUGUGAAGUUCGUGACAGUGAUGAGUUGGAUGUAGAUAAUUUCUCUGAAGAAGCCUUUGGUAAAGUACAGUUGCGCUCAAAAUUAACAAUGAUUGCUGUGCAGUCUGGUGUCAUUCAAAGCAAAGCUUGCAGCUCUGCUGGGGAAUGUGUCAAAGAAGAAAAGAACUUUUAUGUCACAGAUGUUCCGCAUGGCUUCCAUCUUGAAGGCCCAAAUUUAACAGUGGAAGGGGAGAAAGUGGAGUUUAAUUGCAGCGUAUCACCUUAUCAUUAUACCAGGGACAUUGUUUGGAAGUUUGAUGGUCUCACAAUCGGCGAGGACCGUGAUUUCCACAUUUCUACAAAGAGCACGGUGUUUUCUCACCGUAGUACUUUGACAGUAAAAAAUGUUACUAACACAAAUGAAGGAAUUUAUUCCUGUGUGGCUCUACAUGUAGGCAGUGGACUUCCCAGUGAACACCAAAUCUCUCUUAAUGUGACAGAUGUGAAAGUACCAGUUUUUGGAAACAAAACAAAUUUAAUGGGGAAUGUAAAAGAACUUGCUGAAGGACAGAGCUUCACACUAUACUGCUUUGCCAGUGGAAUGCCAAAACCUCAAAUCAAGUGGUUCAAGGGAAAAACACCUGUAAAGCUGAAGACCAACCUGGAAAUAUUGGAUGAUGGGAGAAAGUUAGACUUUAAGUAUUUGACUCUUGAAGAUGAUGGAAGGUAUACUUGCGAGGCCACUAACAGAGGAGGAACUGUCCAUCGAUCUAUCACCUUAAGUCUGUUAGACAAAAGAAAAGGAGUGAAUGUGGGCCUAGUUGUGGGUCUAUUAAUUUUAGCUUUGCUCUUGCUUGCUGUCAUCAUAUACCUGUGUGUUCGCGUUCGUCGAGAACAGAAACUUCGUCAGCGACUUACAAGUGCUGGACUUAUGCACUUUGAAGAAGGUGCCAUUGAAAAUCUCAAUAUGGAUAUAGGUGUAGAAGACCAGGCAGAGCUUCUUCCCUAUGAUCGCAAAUAUGAAUUUCCUCGAGACAAGUUAAAACUAGGCAAAACCCUUGGAUCUGGUGCUUUUGGUAUCGUAGUGAAGGCAGAUGCAUAUGGUAUUAUUGAGAAUGAAGCUGUCACUCCCGUAGCUGUCAAAAUGGUAAAGAGGUCAGCUGAUAGUAACAUAAUAAAAGCUCUUGCUUCAGAGCUCAAAAUAAUGGUUCACCUUGGAAAACAUUUAAAUGUUGUGAACUUGUUAGGAGCAUGUACCAAAGGGUUGAAUAAAAUGGAGUUAUUAGUAAUUGUAGAAUACUGUAGGUAUGGUAAUCUACACAACUACUUAAUGAAACAUCGUAACCAUUUCAUUGAUCAAAUUGAUCCUACUACGGGUUUGAUAGACCCAACUAGAGUUCCUGAAGCUUCUGCGAAUAUUCCAAAUGGACGAAACAGGUUAAAUUAUGCAGCCCUUUCCUUCUCCAACAGCGGUCAUUCUGACUCAUUCAAAGGCGAGCGACCUACAGACUCAAGAGCUGAUUAUCGCAGUCAGACUGAUUCAUCUGAAAAUUUUGUAACUGGUGCUACAGAAGCUACCUUUGUGUGUAUGACACCGACAGGAGAAGAGGGAUUUUUAAUGACUAACAAUUCUACUCAACAACCAGACUGGAGAUCAAAUUACAAAGGGGACUAUAAAGGAAUAGUCAGUCCUAUUACAACUAGAGAUCUUCUGUGCUACGCUUUCCAGGUGGCUCGAGGAAUGGAAUACUUAAACAGUCGAAAGAUUCUUCAUCUUGACUUAGCUGCAAGAAAUAUUUUACUUGCAGACAACAACAUAAUUAAAAUUUGUGAUUUUGGUUUAGCUAAAAGUGUUUACAAAGAUGAGAACUACUUGAAGAAAGAGAAUGGUCCAUUGCCGAUUAAGUGGAUGGCAAUAGAAUCAAUAAGAGACCGCACAUUUUCAACUCAAUCUGAUGUCUGGUCAUUUGGAAUUGUCUUGUGGGAAUUCUUUUCACUAGCAAAAACACCUUACACAGGUAUGCCAGCGGAUGAACACAUGUACAAGAAAUUAGAGGAAGGAUAUCGAAUGGAAAAACCCCCCUAUGCUACAGAUGAUAUAUAUGCUGUGAUGAUGGAUUGUUGGCAAGCAAGGCCAGUGCUGCGUCCAUCUUUUACAGAGCUAGUUGAUACAUUAGGUUCUAUGUUGGAAGAUGGUGUUCGUAAGCAUUAUGUUGAUUUGAAUGAGCCGUAUGUACAAAUGAACCACCGCUGGUUAAAUGAGUCUGGUCACAAUGACUACUUGGGGAUGUUCAGCUCCCCAACGUACACAAAUGUUAUGUCACCGUUACCUGUGGAAGAUGACGAGCCACAGCGAUACCAAAAUAUUCCAAGGGGAGCUCCUACUGUGGUUGCAGACCAUAGCUUACCAGGGGCUUAUUUAAAUAUGACAAGCCCCUUUUCCACAGAACUUGAUACUAUUUUUAGCCCAACUAGGCCAGGGAGCAAUGGGGGAAAUGUUUUCAAAUUCCAAACCCCCCCACAAGGCAGAAGGUUACGCGACACAGAAGUAAAUGAUGAUGUUGAGCUGAGACCUAUGUUGAGUGGAAGCAACAGGAGCAGGAAAUCAGAGUCUACUAGUGGACACGAGUCUGAUGACGCCUCAAGCCAGUACACAGCUGUUCCAAGCAGCCGGCCGGUCAUGCCAAAUGUGGACAGCAGGAGCUCACCACAAAAAUCUACUAACCAGGGCAAAGUGCCAAGUUUCUCAAAUCCGAGCUACAGUUUUGCACCUGACUUGGACAAUUAUGUGAACUACAAGCAACGGAACUUAAAACCACCAGAACCAAUAUCUAACAUGUCUCCUCCUACGUUCAGUACCUUUGGAAGAAGGGCACCUGUCCAAGAGAGACAGCUUCCUCCCAACUAUGUUAAUAUUCCUCAACAACGAGCUCCCCUGGCUCUUAGCGAAACUGACUUCAAUGACCCUCCCUAUGUCAACUAAACCAUUCUAGUAGAACACAAUAUCACUUUGCAUCAUAAUGAUUCAAAAAGAUAAGGCAAAUUUUGAUGUGAUAGAAAGUUGUAAUGAGGUCACGUUGACCCUUCCUUGGACCCUUUCUAGUGGCAUAAAUGCUGUAUAUCUAUGCUCUUUUAAAAUUAGGAAGUAUCCUAAGAGAAAACAUUAAUGUAUUACUUGUGAGUGAGUGAAUCAUCCACUUACAUUUCUUGUUGGUCUUGAGUGUUGUGACCACUUGAGAAAAAGAUGUCCAGUCGCCUGGACAUAAGUUCUGUGAUAAAUAGGAUUUUAUUACUUUAUUUCAAUUUUAGUUCUUUAGUAUUAACGUUUUGUAUUAUACUGUAACAAUAAAUUUGACAGUCAUGUGCUAUCAUGUAAUUAUUUUUUCAAGACUGUUUGAAUGCUUAGAAAUAAUGUAUCUUGCACAGAUUUUGUCAUUCACGUUAUUGAAAGAUAUCAGUUUUUGUUUUGUAUUGAGGUUCAACCAAGGAUCAAUACUGGUCAUUUGCAGUUGUAUGAGCGCAUUCUUGGGUGUUCUUUAGAUAGAGCUGUCCAUUGUACCUUUUAUUGUACAAACUAAAAAUAAUUGUAGUGUAGAAUUUUUACCUGUAAACAAGCUGUAAAUAAGCUGUAAAUGUGAUGACUUGAAAAUAGAAAAAUAAGUGUUAAUACUGUACCCUAGCAAGAAAUGGGUCAUCUAUUCGUUGUUUUGAGAAUCCAUUUCUGACUGUUAUUAUUUGUAAAUUUGCAUAUUACAUGAAAUUUUCCAUAA